AACACUCUAUUUCUUGGACACAAACUGAGUUGGUUUUCCUGAGUGAUUAGUAAGCCUAGAAUGCAUCAGCUGUUAACUGCUUGCACAAAAUCCAGCAUGUGACUAGACGUAAGUGAUCUGUUCAUUUGGUCACUGACACGAGGAUAUGACAUGGAUACACUUAUUACUGCGGAAUUAAAUAUCAUCCUUUUCAUUGCAGCAGCGGAGAUAAAAAGGACGUAAGACAAAAUUUCCCUCUCUCCAAAGGAAGGUGCCUGCAGCUUGCAUAGCCCUCACCAUUUAUACAAGAAGACUCGGCAUAAAUGACAAAUUCAACAUGUACUCUCCAGCCAUCAUUAGCUACUACUGUAGCUCUACCCAUCAUCUACUCUUUCCUGUUUACAACUGGCAGUUUUGGAAAUACUCUCGCUGCCUGCGUAUUUUUAAGGCAAAUACCCACAAGAAGAACACAAUACAUCUAUCUGGUAAAUCUUGUCACUGCAAAUUUGCUCAUAUGCAGUGCUAUGCCUUUCCUGGCUGCCUAUUUCGCAAAUGGGCAUAACUGGACAUAUAAAUCUGGAAUAUGCCAGAUAGCGUACCACCUUGGAACUACUAUUACGCAUGUCUGUAUGUAUGUUACAAUUAUAAUUUUAUGUACGAUUGCUUUAAGUCAGUAUGCAACACUGAAGAAAAAUAACGAUGCACAAUACUCUCAAGCAGUUACGGAAAACUUCAGCAAACGUGUACUUAAAAAGUUCCGUCAGCCAAAAUUUGCUAAAUAUUUUUCUAUCUUUAUAUGGCUUAUUGUAAUGUGCGUAACGGUAGCAACUAUAACAUAUGACGCCCAGGCAAGGUCUGAGGAAACAUUUCCCACGUGUUAUAACAAGAGGGUAGAAGCUGGUGAAUUUACUGCAAAGAUUGCAGCGUCUUUUGUUACUGCUUGUUUUUUUCUAUUGUUUUUAACAGUUUUGUUGUCGUACUAUUCUCUUACCAGGCAUCUGAGUAGAAUACAAAAAAACACUUGCAUUGGACAAAAACAUCUGAUUUACAGAACAGUGAAAAGAAACAUUCUUGUCAUCCAGAUAAUUUUAACUGUCUGCUUUCUUCCAUAUCAUGUUUUUAGACCAAUUUUUUAUGUACUGCUUCCAGGUGCAGACUGUUCAAGGCUAAACUAUCUAGUGGAAAUUAAAAAUUUCCUUGCUUGUCUCGCUGUUUCUAGGAGUAGUGUAGACCCAGCUAUAACCCUUCUACUAGAUAGAACAUUAAAGAAAAGUCUGUAUGGCCUGUUUAAAAAAUCCACACCUUAACACCACCAACAUAAACCUGGUACUUUCACUGAAAAGGCCCCCUGCAAUGUGAAGUAAUGUGGAAAGAAUUUAGUAAAACUGAACUAACAGUAAACUCAUUUUGACUCCUAUAAUCAGACUUUUACAUGAAAUAGUAAAUAUUUAAAUAAAAUGAUAACAUAUUACAUGUAUAUAUAUAUAUAUUUAAUAUGAUCUUGUUUGCUACAUCAACAUUAGCCAUAAUAAAUCCUAAGCGUAUA